AUGCUCUUUCGAACAUCUCUUGUCUUGCUCUCAGCAGUCUUGCUGCUCAUCGUCGAUGCUGGGAAAAGUGGGGAACACCUCAAGAAGGUUCCCAAGCGCUUCAUAAUGAAGGAAUUCUCCACGCGUAUAUUUUAUGAAGGAUGGCUGGUCCACAUUCAGCCGUUCAAACAUCGCGAUUGGAUGAAUUUACAUGAUAGUAUUAUAAAUAAUACAAAGUAUGAACAUGGUCAGAGCUUGGCGAACAAAAUGGCGGAAGCUUCUUCGAGUGAGAACGCGUUCUUCGCAGAUUCUCAAAAAUGGAUUGAAGCACUAUUUGAUGAUGAUAUGGUUGUGGAGGUUUGUGGAUCUGAAGCCAAAAUGAAUAAGUACCAAUACACAAUGUACCUGGCUCGUGAAAGUUUGAGAUAUAAGAAGGUCUCGGAAAACAUGCCGAUUGCGUAUAAAAUCAUGCCAACGACAAAGGACGUUCUGCAAGUGAUGUUCAUGUUGAUCUAGUAGGGAAUGAUGGUGUCAAGACUACGUUCCAAUAUGAUAUUACCAUGAAAUACGUGGAACACAUCAAGCACAGCGCCUAUGCAAUCACUCACAUUGCCCAGGGUGGAAGUUGUCGGGAUUUGGGAAUUGUUGGACACUCUGUCAUUGAAUCCUCUGAAGCUCUUGCUAAAAAUCUUGAUAUUAAAUAUUCAAGUCAACAAAUCAUGAAAGCAUUCACACCGAGAUUUUUCCAUCCAAUUAUUGCAAAUUACAGUGGCAUACCAAAGUAUUGGAUGUACUCUUUUGAUCCCAAGGGUGCGAGCAUUCAGGUUUGCCGUGCAAGAGAAACGCAAAUGGCUGACUAUACCGCUGAGCAAUUCAUAUCUUUCUACCGGAAAUUCCUAAUGAUGUGGAGACCAAAGGAUGGGGAUACGGACUUUUUGAAGGUUAAUUUGUUGAGUAAAACGAUGGAAAAUCUCACGGCACGGAUUUCCAUGAAUCUUCAAAUCGGAACCAAUAUAACUGCACCCUUGCAUGAGUGGAAUUUCAAGUUGACUGGGAGAUUUGACGUGGAAAACGAAAAACUGUUUAUCACUAACUUGGAGUGGUUCUGUCCAGUGACCGUUGAUCUCAUGGAUCUUUCACUUAUUGCGAUUCGCGAAGUUGUUGCAGAGAAGCUUGACGAAGUUGCAGCGGACUAUACACCAACGUUCACAUUCUUCUCAUCCGUGGAUUUUUUGAAUCGGUUCACCAAAAAUCUGAAUAACUUGAAAACCGAAAGUUGUCUGAACGGAUCCAUGGUGUCCAUGGAUCAUUUCCACGAUCUCGAAGUAGUUUUGGAUCAUCAACAAAUUCCUAUAACAUCAGUGUUCAUUCUUACCGUGUUCAAUAUGAGGACAUUGUACUUCCUGCUGAAGCGAAAACUCACUUUAUGAUGCAAACACACGCGGGAGGAGAUUUUAUGGAUCCCGUAUUCCAUACAAUGGUAGGCAAACGGGACUACGAGCACAAAUGGUUCUUCAAUCUUGAAUGGGAUAACUUUGACCAGUUUUAUUACGUGCAAAGCUUGAAG